GAGAGGAACAAAGUAUUUUUUAUAAGAGUGUACGCAUUUUAAAAACCUUUGAGGGAAAGCCCGAAAGUAAAGCUUUAUGCUCUUAUCUUUUUCGAGCUAGAAGAAGUGUUUAAUGCCUCUUUUGGGUAUAAAGAUGCAAGUGCUUCUUGUUGGAAAGUAUUUAAGGUGGGAGCUUCUACUUGUCUUGUGAAUGAACAAAAGCAAGAAAAAGAUAGAGCUUUAAUGCCCUCUGUUAUGUGCUGUUUCAUGAUGUGGUUCAGUUAUGUUUUGUGUACUUUUUUUCUUCUUUUUCUGUUUGUCUUCUUGUUGGCUCAGGGACGAGGUGAAUCUUGCUCACAAAGUUAAGGACGUGCAAGUACUCGAAGUUGAUAAAUUCACAGAUACCUGUCCUCGACUACUGGAACUUGGGUGAAAGCAACUUUGAGUACUCGCUCGAUAUCAAAUGAGCUAAUCUCAUAAAACACCCAACUCGUUCUUCAACAUUUGGUUAUCGAGUAGUUUCUCCACCCAUUCUUACCCCAAAAUUCAUUUUAUUUGUCACCGAACCAACAUUGUUGUUGUGUAGUUUCUAAUAACAAGCACGACAUUAAGAACUAGCAAAGGCACCUCAUAAAUGGAGAGCUGCCUCAUUGAAGAAGGGUCAUCCAAUUUGAUUGAGAUAUUCCAGCUACUUCAACAAUCCACUUCACUGUAUUUCAACUCUCAAAACUGUUUUAGCCACCACCCCAUUACUUCAACUAAUCAGCUUCUAUUGUUAUUAAAUUCAUGGCAAUUCUUCAGCUUUUGAUUCUCUCUCCGGCGCCGGCUGAUCUCAAAAAGAAAGAACAAAAAUGAUGUCUCUUGUGAAAACCAAAUCGGCGGCGACCAAGAAGAGAACGAUCAUCAUCGGCUUGAACUCUGCAAACUCCGGCAGAGAGAUUCUGCUGAGAAUGCUAGUGGGGGUGGUAAGAACAGGGGAUAAUGUGGUGGCUGUUCAUGUUCAAGAGCCGAAUGAGAAUUUCGAUCCAAAUACUUUUCAUAUUCAUGAAGAUCUCUGCAAAUCCAAGCAGGUCGAUUUUCAAGUUCGGAUUUGUGAAGGAGAAUCCUACAUUUUAGAAUUGACGCAUCAGGUUCGACUCAACUUUGCGACCAUUCUUGUUCUCGGAACCACCACUCUGGGUCCCAAAGAUUCAGUUGUUAAAACAUGCUUGAAAGGGCUGCCCCCAACUUGUACCCUUAUGGCAAUGGACAAUAGGGGAAAGAUUCAAGUCCAAAUGAAGGGCACUUCUCAAGACGGCUCCACAAGGCCAAUCCUCAAAGCUCCCCUGUCAUCUUCAGCCCAUCAUUCACCAAACCCAUUGACUGAAUCAUCAUCUUCUUCUUCUUCUUCUUCCUCACCAUUACCAUCAGUGCAACCAGAAGGAUCUCAGAGACCAGUCCCCACAUUUGCAUUCGAGAAGCUGAACCAUGUCGAUUUGAAGCAUUCUGUCAGGCUUUUCACACCCCAAGAGAUUGCUUUUGCAACCAAGAACUUCAGCCCUGUGAUGUUGAUUGGAGAGGGUGUGUGCUUUAAAAUGUAUAGUGCGAAGCUCGAGGAUGGGCAGUUCGUAGCUGUGAAGGUCCAAACCAAACAGUUUUCGUCGGAAGUUCUACUCCGAGAGAUCGAAAUGUUGGCGGGUCUGAGACAUGAAAACAUUGUUAAGAUUGUAGGCUGUUGUAACCGUGAGGAGAUCCGAGCGGUUGUGUACAAUCAGUUGAAAGGAAACUUGAUGCAGCAUUUGAGGAAACUCAAAUGGACUGAUCGAGUGCAAGUUGCGAUCGGGGUCGCGAAGGCAUUGAAGUAUCUUCAUCAUUCUUGCAGCCCUCCGAUUAUUCAUAGGAACAUAAAAUCAUCCAAUAUUCUGCUCUCUGAUCAGUGCCAACCACAAUUAUCAGACUUUGGAGAAGCAAUGGUACUUCAGGAAGUUCAAGAGGACUCGACACAAGUUGAGAUUGGGAGGUUCGGCUACUUAGCCCCGGAGUACUUGAUGUUUGGAAAGGUUAAUGAGAAGGUCGAUGUUUAUUCCUAUGGUGUCGUACUUUUGGAACUCAUCACUGGGAAAGAUGCAAUUCAGACAGAGCAGACAAACCGUAGAAGCUUAGUUUUCUGGGCAAGGUCCCUACUAGGCUGUAACUUAGCAGAACAUCUAAUUGAUCCAAAUUUGAAGGAAGACUACAACCAUGAAGUGAUGGAAAUGAUGAUGAUUGUCGCCCGCCUUUGCCUCUUGCACUCGUCAUCAAGACGACCAACAAUGGAGACGAUAGUGAAGCUAUUUGAAGAACCAGAGUACUUGAAGAAAAUGCAGAGGGGAAGAAAGGAUCUUCUUACAGUGAUGACUCCCAAAGCUGAGAUGGGAUUGUGGAAAAAUGAAGAAUCGGCCCUUCAAGAUACCACCAGAACAGACCAUAACUAUGGAUUUUCUGACAACUUAAACGUCACAUAAACAUAUUAUAUAAACAUAUUAUAUGUAACAGUCCAAGCCCACCGCUAGCAGAUAUUUUCCUCUUUGGGCUUUUCCUUUCAAGCUU